UCUCUCAACAGGUACAGGCAUCUCAGUCCGAGAACAAGAUGACAGUAAAAAUCUUCUGCGUAGAUAGAAAACUUUAUGCUGCUUUAAGAGUUUUUGUCGUGUCUACCUGAGAAAAGUGAGCAAAGCAGACAGGGAGUGGCCUCAUGAGCUUAAUUAGAGCAAAACAAAUGCACAUAUAGAAAUCGUGCAGGGACUUGGACCUGGAGUUUUGAACUUGUACAUUUCUGACAUGCAAACUCCUUUUCACUGGUGUUGGAAAUACUGAGCAAUGGGACAAUAUGCACAGCGAAGAGCAACCAGCAGAGAGUUUAAAUACUUCAGGGAUGGAGCUACGCUGGUGAUUUCACUGGACUGCUUAAAUUGGCUUUCUAAAAGGAGAUGCAGUGACAAAGGAAUCCAGAAAAGGGGUGAGGAGCUCCAGCUGCUGAUCCCCUCAGGUCAGAUGACCCAGGCUGUCGAGGAGCUGCGGCCGAUCACCUGCCUCUGUAUCGUCGAUCGAAGAGGAAGUGCGGCACCUCGGUCAUGGAGGAACAGCGGCCGCAGAUCAGGCUUGGCGACACGGCCGCCAUCCUUCUCCGUCCUCCCUCGACUUCCACAGGAGCCCACGCAUCAUUCGGCGCUCACGCCUUUGGCUUCUUUUGCCUCGGAGUGCACAAAGGAGGCCCCAUGGACGAGCCUCACCUUGAACAUGCAGGACAUCUUCAGCUUCAUCAGAAGGGAUCUCAGCAUUGUGACCCAGCAGGACGCUGUUGCAAAGCAUCAACAUAACAGGUUUAUCAUUUUCUGUGAUGAGGACAUACCGCCACAACUUUUUGGUGACACUUGCUACACUGAGGGUGGCAGGACAUCUAUAGAGGAUGCUGGUUGGCAAAUCACUGAUAACAACACGUUCAGUGAUGUGAAAAACUGGCCCCAGGAUCCCAACAACAACAACGACCAGCACGAACCGGUCAGCAGAGACAGUUUAAACACACGCAGCCUUAGAGGUCUCCUGAAAUCCUGUCAAAUCUGCGACGCUGCGGGAGUUUUAUCUGGGAGGGACAAGCGUGUAAAAAAGAGGAAGAGCGUGUCCUUUGACGAUGAUGUCACGGUCUACCUGUUUGAUCAGGAGAGUCCCACCUCGGAGCUGCACUGUGGGCCCUACACAUCUCUGCCAAGCAACCAUUCCUGCCACCUGCCAGAUGUCUCAUUGGAAAACAGUGGCUUGGAGUGGGAGGACGACUUCUCAGCUUUGGAGAAGAGCUGCCGUUUUCAGUGCGUCAGGCAGCCUCGGCACCACACCCUUUCCCCGCCAAAGCAGAGCCGCGCUGCUCUGUCCAGGCGCCUCUUUCUGCCCCAAACCUGCCUGUUCCUCACCCAUGUCACUGAGUCAGACCUUGAGCUGUGAGAUAGAGGGUUAGUGACACACACGCAUGCUGAGGUGCAGGUGCUGGUUUUGUGUGACGCAGCGGUGGCAGCCUUUCUGUCACAUCGUCCGCCUCCAGCCAAAGGCCAUCUCACUGUCACCAUGCCCUAAUGUGACAUCCACGCUUGUUUUUCUUUCAGACAGCCAGCCUGGGCCUCAUGGAAAAACUGACUAAUUGUCCAGAUCUCGUCCUCCUCACCUCUAACUCGUCUCCCCGCCCCCCCCCUCCUCUUUUAUGAUGAGUCAGGGAUUUUAAUGGAUUUCUCUCUCUCUAUCUCUCCCUGCUCCAAAUGGAUUCAAAGCACCUGCCGUUCGUGACGUCACGGCCACGUGGGACUGUGCGACACUGCGUUCAGCUCUCACAACUGCUGGUAGGACGCGAUCGCUGUGGUAAAACAGCUGGUUGCACAACAGCGCUGGUGCCGUUCCAGCUGCAAACCUCUCUGGAAGCUGCUUUUCAUGCCAGGCUGUGUCCUUGGACCUGAGCUGCAUAAAUGUUGUCCGUCCCAGUUGACAUGAGCUCAAUAAAUUGUCGCGUCUGUCUGAAAUCCCAUUUUUUUUCUUUAAACUGUUGCAUUCAGCACAUUCCAGGUUAGUCUUGUAAUACAGGAGUGUGUUGUUGAUACAGUUUGUUUUGCUCAAACAGAGCAUGCUUAUGGAGGCCCUGUUUGCUCGACGCGUUACUGAAGUGUAUUCAGCUCAGAAUUAAUCAGCGGCUGUGACUAAAUAAACAAUGUAAGCCUUAGGGGCCAAUGGAGGCAGAAACUGAACAAACUAAAAGUAACAGAUAAUGUUUCCACAGGGCUGGCAUCAGCGAGGUUUGGUUGAUUAGAUACAGAGUACCUGAGGAGGGAAGGAAACCUGGCAGGGCCAGUCUUAGUGUUCACACACACGCCCACACACACACACACACAUGCUGUUCAAGGACAGCAACAGCUAAAAGUGUUUGCCUCUGCGAGCUGGGAGCUUCACACCUGGACUUUAUUGUUGUUGUUAUAUGCUAAUGUUGCUAAUAGCCAAAUUAUUCUGGUGUUCUCUGUCUUUAUUCAUAAAACACUCGUGGGUAACUCGUGGGUAGGCUACCAUAAAGCUAACCAUAAAGUUAAGCUAACUUGACAAUUAGCCUUAAAACUGUUGCAUUAAAAAGGAAAGCGCCGUUAUUCACGGUUAUUAAAUGUGUCUGUUUUGGCAGAAAGUGAGCAAACACAAAUAUAAAUUCAUGAACGUUUCCCGUCAUUAAGUCAUUAAAUAUUUACUGAUGCUACAUCUAGCGCUUGCUAGCUGCUAGCUUACUCCUUGCUGCUCCUAAACUUCAUGGCUUUAACAUAAAAAAGUUCUAAAUUAGCUUAAGAGGACAUUUUAGGAACUUGUUUAAGUUGAACUACAAAUGCCACACAUUUAGAAAUCAUUGUAAAGGUGAUGAAAAAACACGAAGAUGAACAUUAGCCACUGUUAGCAUGAAACGGUUUAGAAUAUUGGUCAUUCAGUGUAUCUCACUGCCAUGACACCACCAGAUCUCCACCCUGCUGUCUGUCACAGCAGGAAAGGCCAAUAAUCCCAACUGCCAACAGCUCUGGGCCCCCGGGUCAAACAGCCGAGGCAGAUUACUGCAGAUCACACAUACAAGCUGGGAAGGCCUGUGUUGGUGAUUAUUCAAAGGCUUAAUUUUGUUAUUUACGAUCUGUUUUUGUUACAGUCAAAAGUUUGAAGCCGUCUGGUAAAAAGUAAAUAAUGUGACAAAGCAUGAGACCCGGCCCUGCUUCUGUACGUUCAGAUGUGGCCCAGGGGACUGUAUUCAAAUGAAGCCCUGGAAGGUGAUAAGCCACAAUGGAAAUUAUGUUAACUGCUUGGAGUUAAAAGUGGAGACGAGGAGCCCGAAUGAAGUGUUUCCGACACCGCUAACCGUCUCAUUUUCCUCACAACCGGUGAAGAUCAGGUCUGCUUCAAACUAAAGGAAAGGUUUACUGAGGAACAGGGAGGAUAUACAGAUAUACUGCAGCUGUACUGUGGUGUUGUGGUAGAGCAGCAGUGGAGUGGUUCAAUGGCACAUGUGUGAAGUAAGCACAGUCAUCAUACUAUAAAAGGCCCAAUAUUACUUUUUAAGUGUUAGCUAGAGACCAGUUAUCUCUUCCAACAUUUACAGUGCUUCACUGUUUUUCCUCCAAAACAACAUUAACUUAUUUUCCUUUAUUUUCUUUAAAAGGACAAAUCACAUGAAUUAAUUUAAAUCAUUGUGUUUUUAUUGGAGACAGUAGUGGCAUGAUGGAACACCAUGGUGCUAAUGCAAGGUACUUAAUAUCAUCAAUAAUAUAAGAAUAAUUGGGGAGGAAAACUGAAUGAGUGGACUUUUAAAAUAAAUAUGCUGAUUAUCUGCACAACUAAAGACAUUCACUUACAAUACAAUGUUGACUUUAUUUGAGUAUUUCUAUUUUGUGCUAAUUAUAUACCUCGAUUUCUUACAUUAGUACAUUUGUUCAUUAGCAGUCCUUUUGUAUCCACACAGGAGACAUUAAAGAUGAUGCACUGAUACAGAUUAAAAGUACUCAGCAUUAUAUAAAGAGCUUCAAAUUAGCUCCACCCUCACCAACUACAACAUUAAAGUACUGCCUAAUGCAUCAGCAAUACUUAUCUGAUAAUAACCCAUAAUCACUGCUUUAACUUUUUAUAUUUUGUGUGCAUUAUAUUGCUGAUGGUUUCAUACUCUGGUAGAGUUGGGACAGUGUUGC